AUGGGUUCUAGGCACUAUGGGUCACUGAAUGGACAUCUCAGAUCAGGAGAAGAACUUGCCCAAGAGGAGUCUUCUGAAGAAAGAGAAGACGAAAAAUCAAUUGCGAGUAGUAGCUCCUCGGAGGAUGAUAAAACAGAAGAUGAGGGUGAGGUCAAUAUUGAUGAAGAUGAUAUUGUAGCUGAAGAUGUUAGAGUUGCCCAAGAAAACUCACAAGACGUAGCAACUCCAAUUGGUGCAGCUAGCAAACACUCCUGUGGAAGAAUAGCUGCAGCAGUUCUGAGCUUUUCUGCAAGCUCAAAUUCAAUGACAAUCACAUCUGAUGUACUUUCAUUAGAUAAUGUUUUCCCUUACAAGUUCAUCCUUGUCAAAAAUGCGCUUUUGGCAAUUGCUUGUAUAUUUAAAGAUAUAGAGCAGUGGCCCCUCCUUGGUAAUGCCUUUAUGAUUUUAGAUAAUACUGAAGAGGAGGAGGAGGAGCCAGACGAAAGGGUGCCGGAGGAGGAUGAAAAUAAGGAGGAACCGGAUGAAAGCGUACCGGAGGAGGAUGAGGAGGAGCCGAACGGAAGGGUGCCGAAGGAGGAUGAGGAUAAGGGGGAGCCGGAUGAAAGCGUGUCGGAGGAGGAUGAGGAGGAGCCGAAAGGAAGGGUGCCGGAGGAGGAUGAGGAGGAACCAGACUCCAAGAUCGGGUUGGGUGUGGCGUACGGCUUCUAUGGUUAG